UAACCAGGCAGCAGUCCUGCAAACUCCCAGACAGAACCUGCUGCCCUGCCUGUCUGUCCUCUCUGUCCACUGCAACUCUCCACUUGGAUCAGUACAGCCACAGAAAAACAGAAAUGUCUUGGAAACUGGUGGUAGUUACCGUCCUUGCACUCCAAGUGUCCCUAUGCCUUUGCGAGGUGCCGGAACCAGAAAAGGAGCUGGUGGAAAAGUACGAAGAGCUGAGGGGGGCCUUCUACAAAAGGCUCCUGAGCAUCUAUGGCAAGGCCAAGGAGGUGGUGGGCCCCAUGGCUGAGGGUCUGCCCCAAACCCAGACCGUUAAGGAAUACAUAGAGGAGCUGCAGGCCAAACCCGAAGUCCAGAGUGCCGUCAAGAUCGUCACGGGCGUGGCCCAGGAAGUGACACCGCUGGUGGACAAGGCUCGCACGACAGUGCUCGGCCUCUACGGACAUUACGUCAGGCCCUGGGCUGGGUCCUACCUGGACCAGGCCAUCUCAACCUUCAGGGCGGCCCUGCACGCCGUGGCGCCACUCGAGUGAGCAACGAGCCCAGGAUGGACCCCCACGCUUGGACACCAGUGCACGCUUAACCAGAAGAAUGUCUUUCCAAUCCCCCGGCAGUGCUGAUUAUGUAGAGAAACGCCGGUGUUCAGCUGUGGCCACAUCUGAUCUCACAGAACAAUGUAUAAUGUGCACUCUACUUGCACUGCUCAGACUACGCUACAUUAAACUCAGUAAUUCAUUAUCACAAUAGCAAUAGCAUUAUGAAAGCAUGCAGGGUUAUGACUGACCAUAUCCAAUGAAAAAAAGUCAAAGCUAUGUGCAUGUAUAUAACAGUGUAUUUGAUAUUCAUAUGUCAUGGAGUAAGACACAUCACAGAGGUAAUUUGUGUUUAUAUACGAGUUCAAUAAAGUUACCGUACCACACUGCA